AUCAAAACGCCAUAUGUGUCAUUCGAAAUUCUACUCUACCGUUUGGAAGUAAACCCGAUUUAGCUCAUCUUGAAAUAUACAUAAAUUUGAAGCGCAGAAAAGAAGGGGAAAUAUGCCGCGCAGACAGAGAAGUGCUUCGGUCAGACCAAGUUGCACCAACUAUUCGUCGCCGGUGCUGUUCACCGCCAAGAGUACCGAAAUGGUCUUCAAGGAUGCGGCCGCCCAUGCCGUGGGCGUGGCAGCGGGAUCAGCCGUGGGCCAUGCCAUCGGAUCCGGAAUAACCGGGUUGUUCAGACGACGUGGCCAGCAGCCGCAUCACAGUGAUUUGGUGGAGGAAGGUCCUUGCGCCAAGGAAAUGAGGCAGUUCCUCAAGUGCACCGAGGAAAACGACGAUCUCAGUGUGUGCAAGGAGUUCAAAGAUGCAGUGCGCCGAUGCCACCGCGAAUACAAUAUUUAGGACGAACAAACAGAGGGGAUUUUAAUUUGUCAAAUUUUAAGACGUUCAUGCUGAGCUAAAUAAGUUUCUCGCAAGAAAAUUUAAGUUUUUAAAA